AUGUUGACCAUCUUACAAGUUGAUGAGUCACGGCCCCAUGCAAAACUGCGUAGACUGUUGGGCAGUCUGAUGAUGCAGGCCGCACUGCAUGCACGAUCUCAGAGACGACCAUCUCCGACGACGCCAAUGCCGAACGCCUGGAACGUAAAGGGUCCAGACGGCGAAUGGCGCAGCACGGUAGUGUACCAAACAAUCGGCAGACGUUGCACGGCAAGCACAAGUCAAGCUCUGAACCCCACUGUCGACAGGUUCGAUGCGACAGCGGCUGUGGAGAUGGAUAGCUAUCGCUAUCGACAAGUGGAUAAGAUAGGGCUCUGGACUGCUGCACGUGGCUGCCGCGCGGAACCGCUACGGCCCAGUGAAAAAACGACGAACUUGCAUUGGCCCCAGUUUUCAUUUCUUACAGAAGCAGCGGAAUCAGCUCGCCGACAAAGCGAGCGAACGACAACUCGGCUGAGGCAAUCCGGCUCUCUCAGCAUGCGCACACGCAGGAUAUGUCACAUUGACGCCGUCAGGCUUCUUCGUCGACCGGUCCCACGUCGCAAAUCGGAGCACAACAGGUUUGGGUAUGGCAGUGGGAGUGGUGCCGCCACUUGGCCAGCCAAUGAUGACAGAGAGAGCGAGACAGCGUUGAAGUGGCCAAGCCAGUGUCCAGUGCUACUGCUUCCAGACGCUGCGAAUGGGGAUGCCCGAUGCCCGCAAACUUGGCCAGCACGGCUUUGA